CGUGUCAGUUCUCCUGCAUUUCCACAGUACGGCCUCCGAGAAAAAAUCUAGUGUGCGGCUUUCACUGACUGUGACACAGGAACGUCCUUCCCUGCCGCCUUGGAUUCUCACGGGUAAAUAAAACUGCAGUCAGAUGCUGGACUAGUGUGGAGUACAAGUUCAGGAGUGAAUGACGACGGACAGUUCAUCAGCAAGCCCUGAGCUGGCUGAUCUCAGAGCAGUGAGGAAACCAAGUUUAGGGUGAAUGUAAGGGACCUCUGGAGAACUGUGGCCUGAAGGCAUUUCGAUUUCUGAGAUGUCAGUCAAACGAGCAGACGGGAUGUCCAUUGCCCAGGCUUUGGCCAUGACUGUAGCAGAGAUACCGGUCUUUCUCUAUUCCACAUUUGGGCAGUCCAUAUUUUCUCAGCUAAAGCUCACACCAAGCUUGAAGAAGGUGCUGUUUGCCACAGCACUGGGCAGUGUAGCUCUGGCUCUCACCGCUCACCAGCUAAAAAGGCGGGGGAGAAAAAGGAAACAGGCAACACAAGGGAAGGAGGGCCAGAAGACAGUGGGAAUACCUGAGGCUCUGAUGAAGACAGGAAGACCCUCUUCAUUAAAGAGAGGUCCGUUUACUGGCCGACAGAUGAUGAGUCCAAGCACCAGGAGCAAUGACACCAUGAGUGGAAUUUCCUCCCUGGCUCCCAGUAAACACUCAAGUUCUUCACACAGCCUGGCAUCUAUGCGGGUCCCGAGCUCUCCAAAUCAGUCUGCCAAUCCAUCCACCCCUUGGGAAGCAGAGCCUGUGGUGGAAGAGUCAGGGGCAGUAGAGGAUGCUAAUGCAGAGAAUCUGUAUUUAAUGGGGAUGGAGCUGUUUGAAGAAGCUCUACAAAAGUGGGAACAAGCCCUGAAUAUUCGCCAUCACACCCACUCGACCUCCAGCAACAACAGCCUCGCUCUGCAGGGGGCAGCGUGUGGAGACUUUCCCAUGGCUGAAGCCCGUAAUAAAGUGUUUGCUGAGAAGUUAGAGACACUACUGCAUAGGGCAUACCACCUACAAGAGGAUUUUGGCAGCAGUAUCCCAACAGACAGUGUGCUGGCAGACUUUGAGAGUGAAGGUACUCUUAUCUUGCCUCAAGUGGAGAGCUUCCACAGACUGCAAGAUGAUGAUGCGACUACUGUUACCUCUGACGACUCCUUUUUCUCAGCUGCAGAGCUGUUUGAUGCCAUGGCUCUAGAAGAGGUCUACCAGCCUCUUAAACCAGCAGCUCUUUAUGAAGAGGCCCUGUCUCUCGUCCGGGAGAGCAAAGUGGCCUAUAGGUCCCUGAGGACUGAAUUACUUGAAUGUUUUGGUGAUCAAGACUUCCUUGCCAAACUUCACUGUGUGAGACAAGCAUUCCAGAUCCUGUUGUUAGAUGAAACUCAUCGUACAUUUUUCAUGGAGACCGGGAAGCAGAUGAUUACAGGGCUAAUGGUAAAGGCAAACAAGAGUCCCAAAGCUUUCCUAGAAAGCUACGAGGACAUGCUGCUUUACACCCAAAGAGAGGAAACAUGGCCCAUCACUAAGAUGGAGCUGGAGGGCCGAGGGGUGGUGUGUAUGAACUUUUUCGACAUAGUGUUGGACUUUAUCCUGAUGGAUGCAUUUGAAGACUUGGAGAGCCCUCCCUCAUCUGUGGUAGCUGUGUUGAGGAAUCGCUGGCUCUCUGACAGCUUUAAAGAGACGGCUCUGGCAACCGCUUGCUGGUCUGUCCUAAAAGCGAAAAGGCGGCUACUCAUGGUUCCUGAUGGUUUUAUCUCCCACUUCUAUGCCAUAUCAGAACAUGUAAGCCCAGUUUUAGCCUUUGGGUUUUUGGGACCCAGGCAGCACCUAAGUGAAGUAUGCACUAUCUUCAAGCAACAAAUAGUACAGUACCUUAAGGAUAUGUUUGAUCACGACAAAGUACGCUUCACCUCUGCUCAGUGCUUGGCUGAGGACAUCCUGAACCUUUCCCACCGCCGGAGCGAGAUUUUACUCGGGUAUCUGGGAAUUGAUAGCCUUCUGGAGCUCAAUGGCGCCCUGCCCAGAGACACAGAGGGCUCUUCAGGGCCCAACUAAGACAACAAGGGUCACUAAGGGCAUCAUGGGGCUUGAACAGGCCAAAUGCACUGGGCUAACCAGUAGGGAACGGCAAAGAGUUGCAGCUCUCUACACUUAUUCUGUACCUACAUUAAGACUGAACUGAAUCAUGCUUCUGUGAUACACUGAGAACCAGAAUUAAUCAUUCAUUCAUCUGUGUUCAUCAAACACAACUGUAAGAAGAUAUAUUUUCACUUGAUCUACAGUAUCACUGGUUCUAAAGAGGAAGACUGGUUGGAUCACAUGAUUCCACCUCUCCCUUCUUAUCAGCUGCUGUGUUGCGUAUUGAGAAUGCCUACUGUAGUCAUGUAAUCACAGACGCGCAGGACUUGUCUCUGCCUUGUUGGGUGACAGGGAUACUUCUUGAAAACACACCUGACAGAAGCCCUCCCAACACAUGAGGAUUGGGCCUUCUAUUCUAUUACUCCACAGGGAGGGAGUGUGUUUGAUGAACUAGCGGUUGUAUUGUAACCCUCCAUUCAUCUGACUUGUGAAAUCAGAUGGGAUCAUAGUCUUCAUUAUUAUGUGAAAAGAAAUGGCGUAAGUCUGUUGAUAUUUUAUGUUUUAUAUUAAAGGGGGAAGGAUAUUUGUUAAAUCCAUGAUAAUUCCUGACAACCUUGGCCAGCUGAAGAUUUGUGCUGCAUGAUGAAGGACGAAUGAAUAAUGAUAAUGAAUUUGUCUCCUCACUUAAAUCUACUUAAAUCCUCUUUAAUUUGUGUUUAUUCCAGUUUGGUUUAAUCAAGCUGGCUUAGAUGCGACAUAUCAAAGAGUCUGAGUUAAAUGCAAAAAGACAUGUACAAUUAUAGUAGGGUGCUGACAUGUUAAUCAUAAAUUACAUUAUCGCUAAACUAUUUUCCAAGCUCAGACCAUUUCUCAUAUAGUCCUCUCAGUCCAAAGUGGACUUGAAUUUUACUUUCUCUAAGUCACAGUGACAUUAAUAUUUUCAAUUUUUAAAUGGAACAGAGGCACAAAGAACUGCAAAGAACACAAAAAUGAAAAAUUAAAUGAAAAUGAAAAACAUUGUUUAAAUACUGUUACACAGGAUUAUUGCCAGUUUUGAUGGUGUAACAGAAAAUAUCUUGAACAGUGUAAACACAUCACUGUUCUCAGGGUGUAAUAAGUAACUUGAAAUCACUGUCAGGCGAUGCAUUACUUUAUUUAAAUACUUAGAGUUAAUUUGUUUAUUAAUUGGAUGAGCUACUUGAAUUGCUUCCACAUCUUUGGGCCAAAAUCGUACAACUUGCUAAGUUUGAUUCCCUGGAUACUAAAUAAAUAAAAUGAAUGAGAUUUAUUCAAAAACACAAGUUAUAUCAACAUAAAUCUGUAUUUUCAAUGUAAAAUUUGGAACAGUAGUUCUUACAGUUGUUAUUCUAAUCUUCAGGGUUACUCCCUGUUAAUGAGUAUAGGAUAAGUGGAUUAGAAAAAAAGCUGUUUUUACUCAACAGAUCUUAUUUUUCACAGCAGACAUUUGACUUGUCAUAGUAGGAAAAGCACAAGCAUCACUAAUAACAUAAACAAUAGCACUGUUGUUAAUCAAUUGUCUCAGAAAGUCAUGGCAGUGUUAGAGAGUAUAUUUACUCAAGUAUAGUACCUCUGUACAAUUUUGAGGUAUUUGUGUUUUACUUUUUAAUUUCAUGUUAGUUUGUACUUCACUGUAUUUCAAAGGCAAAUGUUGUACUUUUUACUCCACUACACCUAUUUGGCAGCUAUAGUUAGUAGUGACUAAGCAGUAUAAAUUUUUGCUCUAUAUUGGCCUGUACACAUUAAGCAUGUUGCUCUCAGUAAUAAUCAGAAUUAUGUCAAAAUAUAUGUAUAACACAUCACCAUCAAAGGAGCCUGCCAGUACAUUUACUGACACUGCUUUUGUAAGUUUUUCAUAGCAGGACAUAUAAUGUCAGGACAUGUAAUGGAGUAUUUUUUUACAUUGUGAUGUUACUACUUUAAAGGAUCUGAGUACUUCUCUCACCACUGCGUGACAGUGUGACAGUGAGCCAGUGUGAACAAUACCAAGACCGUGAACCUGAAGCAGCUAAAUGGAAUUCAGCCAUCAUUCUUUUUAUUAUUUACAUCUGUGCUUUUCCUAUUGUGUCAAAAUGUCCUCUGUGAAAAGAGCCUAUGCACAUGGCUGCAACAAAGUACACACAGUGAAUACCAUCUAACACCUUCAGAGACUUUGUAUCAGAAAACAUGCAUGGAUAUUUUCCAUCACUUUACACAAACUGUGUGUCACUUGCUCUCUUCCCAGCCCAUUUUAAUACUGACACAACCACUGAAUAAAAAUGUGCCAUCUACAGUAGUAGUCUUAGAAAGGAUAUAUUGUUUCAUGAAGACUUGUUAUGAAAAAGCAGGCAUUGUACAGUACAGACUGUAAUCUACAUAAGUGCACUGAUGACAACCCCUGUCUUCUCUUUGUUUCCCCAAAACUUUGAGCUUGUUGGAGCACAGAGACGCUGAAGGGGCACUAAGUUGCCAAGUUAGAGGGAGUUUUCCUCUAAGAUCCUAACAUGUCAGGUUUAAGAAACUGUUAAGAACUGAAUUAUUUUAAUGAAAUAUGACGAAGAGAUUAUUUAUUAUUGAUGGCAGUGGAAUCACAGUGUGUAUGAUUGUGAUUGCCUGCAAAAUGUCUGUCUGAUCAUUCUGUGAUUCAUAAUUCUUAGGGAAUAGUUUAUCAUACAAAUCGAGCAAAGUCAGCUCUUUGUUAUUCAUAAUCAUUAAAGUGUGUGUUUUGUGGUCUUGAUAAUCCAAAUCCUGCUCUUGUUGCAACACGUCUCUGAAAGUCAGAGCUCAUAAAAGCUUUGUUUGGCUCUUACAUGUUGCAAUGCAGUACCUCUGUCAAGAGUCUGUUUUGUUGGGUGAUAUCUGUUUUUGUCAAACAUGAACCAGAACCUCGGACUGUAAAUAGAGCCUUUACAGAGAAUAAUUUAGUUCCCUUGUUUUGACAGAUGUGCAGCUUUAUGUUUUUUAAGCAUUUUGCACUUUAUCAGAAAAGCAGAGAUACAGGAAUGUCCCACAACUCUUUUUUUAAAUUACUGCAUUAUAGAACUGACAUGUUAUUGAUAACAUAGGGCAUACAUACCGUAUACUAAAGAAACUAUAUUUCCCAGAAAACUACUUAUGGAAAAUUGUUUAUUCUGGUUACUCCUGUGUGUUUUUGUUUUUGUCCCUGUCAUUUUGUCUCCAUGUUGAAUGUUAACAUGGUUUAGAUGAUCUAAACUUGAUCUUCCUCUGUUUUAGUCAUGUUACUGUAGAGAAUCAUCAUAAUGUAUCAUGCAGGUUAAUGCAGUUAUGGAAAAAUGCUAAUACUUAGAUACUUAGUCUCGUGUUCAAAGAUUGGUCUGCUUCUUCUGUGUAAUGAGAGUAGAUGAUCAGAGAUUUAUUCCUCCAGCAGCCUUUGCAUGUUAGCAGUGUAGAUUAUUUGAAAUGCAUCAUUCAGUAUAUUCCUGCAACAUUUAGACCCAGAUUCAGCCCUAGUUAUUGUUAGUUUUAAAAAAAUCCCCAAUUAGAAAUAAGAUAAAGAAAAUGUUUAGAAAAUCAUUUGAGAGACAAAAUUCAGACAUGGACUCUCCUUCUUAGAAUACAUUCAACAGAUUGUAGAGUUUUUCCAAAGGUUUUCAAAUGGCCAAAAUGUGAAAAAAAAGUGCGUGUUUUGUUUUUCAGAGUCACUGCUGUUCAUUACAAGUGUCCUAUUCAUGCCUUUUGUCUUUUCUAUUGUUAAUUAUAAUGCCAGCACAAACUGUAAACUGAUUUUGAUUCUCCAUAUUAAAUGUUAUUUUUUGUUAUUAAACAAUAUGUUUAUUAUGUUUUUUCCCAA